AGAAAGGACUGCAUCUUGAACCUGGACUGAGAUAAGGCCUCGCCAUGACGUCACGGCUGGACCGUUUGUUCGUGCUGCUGGAGGCGGGCGCGGGCGCGGCAACGCGGCGCGCGGCGGCGCGGCAACUAGGCGAGGUUCAGAAGGCACACCCUGAAGAACUGCACCGAUUGCUACACCGCCUGAUGAAGCAUCUCCGCUCGCCCGCCUGGGAGACCAGGGUCGCCGCCUCGCAGGCAGUGGAAGCCAUUCUAACGAACGUUCCACAAUGGCAUCCCCCGCCCUUCACCGGAAAGAAAGAGGAGAAAUCGGAAUGCGACGGGCGGCUACGGUGCGAGACGUUCGACAUCGAGAAGGUUCUCCGGCACGGCGCACACCUCAUGGGCUCGGAGGGCCACGAAUACGACCUGGACGAAGAGGCCCUUAAUGCUGCUGACAUCAACGAGCGUCUAUCGCGGCAGCGGCAACAACUCAACGCCCGGCUCGGCUUGGAGGUGGCGUCCAGCCUGGGCGUGGACCUGACCACCGCGCUGUACACCAACGACGACCUCUGUCCCGCCAAGCCGGUCCCAGUCAAGACUGAAGUGAUCAGGAGGCCAGUGCAAGAGCUAGUCCCAUCGUCAUCCAAGCCGCUCAGCUCUCGCGAGAUGAACUUGGCGAAGCGCAAAGCGCGACAAGCGGCGUUCUGCAAGCAGAAGUCGCGCGACUGCGAGGAGCCGCCCGCGCCGCCUACGCCGCCGGUCGAGCCGGACCGGAAGAAGAUCAAGCUGGAGAUCGACGAGUUUAGCUUGGAGCAGUCACUAGCGGUGCCGGACUGCUCCGGCGCGUGGGGCGCCAGCUCGAGCUGGCCGCUGGAGAGCUGGUGCGGCGCGCUGCAGGCCACGCUGUUCAGCGCGGCGUGGGAGGCGCGCCACGGCGCCGCCUCGGCGCUGCGCGAGCUGCUGCGCGCGCCCAUAGCCGCCUCCGCGGGGCAGGCCGCCGGCGGGACCCCGCAGCAGAUGGAAGAUGCCCACCAAGAAUGGCUGGAAGAUAUGGCGCUGAGGUUGCUUUGCGUUCUAGCGUUGGACCGUUUCGGAGACUUUGUGUCAGAUCAAGUGGUGGCCCCCGUGCGCGAGACGUGCGCGCAGACGCUGGGCGUGGCGCUCGCGCAGAUGCGCGCGCCGCGCGUGCGCGCCGUGGCCGCGCUGCUGUCCACGCUGGCCGCGCAGCAGCAGUGGGAGGCGCGCCACGGGGCGCUGCUCGGCUUCAAGUACCUGCUGGCCGCGAGACAGGAAGUGGCAUGCGACAGCGGCGUGAUCGAGCACCUGAUAUCGGGGCUGAGCGACCCCGCGGAGGACGUGUCGGCCGUGGCGGCGGGCGCGCUCGCGCCGGCCGCGGCCGCGCUCGCCGACGCCCGGGCGGCCGUGCUGCCCACCGUCGUGGCACGGCUGUGGCAGCUGCUGCAUGACCAGGAUGACCUCGCUUCGCCUGCCAAUUCCUACAUGGCAUUGUUGGCUUCCCUAAUGGCCAUGCCGCAAGCGGCCAAACUCCUUCACCCUAUCGACUUGGCCGACGUUCUGCCAAGGCUGUGGCCGUAUUUAGACCACUCCACCAGCUCGGUCAGAAAAGCUUCCCUCCAAACACUGAGGACACUCACGAGACCACUAGUCACAGAGGUUAAGGGUCCGGACACGAAUGGCAACGGCGAGUCCAGCAAUGGAGAUGUGAAACCAAUAAACGGUGUCCAAUAUUUAAUGUGGACCCCUGAACUACUACAAGAGGCUAUGAGACACGUUUACCAAAGAAUUUUGUUUGAGCACGUCGGCGAUAUACAGAUGAUCGCCGUUCAAGUUUGGGAGAAUCUCCUCCGCUACGCACCGCUAGGUAUAGUGUUAGUUGCCGCCUGCCCGCUGCUGGCUACCUGGCUAUGCCUCGCCAUGCAGCCGGCCAGGUUACCUAUAGCACCCAAUCUCUUACUUCAGCCGCCUACUAAAGAAAAGCGAGCGCCGACAAAACCGAGCCAAUUAGGAGAGGGCUUGCCGCCUGAGGCGAGGCCCAAUCAAAAAUGGUUCCUGGGUGGAAGCGAAUCUCAACCUACCUGCGUUCGUGAUAAGAAUGUAACUCGAGCGCGCUGCCUCGCUGCAGAGAUACUAGGAUAUCUGUCCUGUUAUCUAGUACAACCGGCUCCCGGUAUAGAGUACAAACCUGAAGACGAAAGCCCUAUAGACUGCUUCGUAAAAGUGUUGUUAGUGCAUUUGAGAUCGUCGAGCGCGCUGCAGCGGCUAGUAGCAGGCCUAGUAGUCUCCGCGUGGGCGCGACGCUCCUUACACCACAAUCUCUUCCCCCCUCCGAUAUUCGGUGAAAAACGAGACGACAUCACCGACGACCCAAUAAGUCGACUAGCUCCACCCCCACUAACAAUUACUUUACACGCGUCUCUCAACCAAGCGCUAUAUUACGAUGAAGUAGCUUUAAACUGCAACAGAAUACUUCAAGAAGCUAGAGAUUUACUAGCAAUGAUGAAACACUAUAAACUACCAGUAGACGGUGAAGAAUUCAACAACAUCAUCCGUCUCGAGCAAGUUAUUCACAUGACAACAGUCACAGAGCCUAUGGUGGCGUCUCUAAAACUGAAACGGGUAGUUACGACGUUAGAGGAGCGUCGAAAGAAUCUCCAAACCGCCGUGAACCAAUGCGCGGCAGAACAGACUAUUCUGAACAUUUCAGUACAGGCUGCUUUAGCUGGCGCUUGUGCUAGUCUGAACUCGUUACCAGAGAAGUUGAACCCAGUGGUGAGGCCGCUAAUGGAGAGUAUAAAGAAGGAGAUGUGGGAGGAGCUGCAGGCGCAGUCCGCGGAGUCGCUGGCGGCGCUGGCGUCGCGUCUGGUGUGCCGCGAGCCGAGCCCUAAUAACAAGAUACUGCACAACUUGAAGGCGUUUCUGAGAUGUGACCCUGAGUUCACGCCGCACGUAUCUUUGGCCGAGAAUACAGACGAAAACGGAGACUCUGGGAGUGGCGACAGCGGGGCGGAGGGCAAGGCGGAAAGAGCACUGCAUGGACCCACUAUGGACUCGCACGUGGGUAUACUGACCCUGUGGGAGCAGCAGCGAGCGGCGGUGAAGGUGACCCCCCGCCGCGGCCGGCCGCCGCAGCACCACGCCGUGCCCGACGUGCCGCCCGACAUCCUGCACGACCGCGAGGACGAGAAUCGUAAAAAGCUUCGCAUUCAGCGAAGAGGGGCGACGCUGGCCUUCACUAGUCUCACGAGAUACUUCGGCGACGAGUUGCCGGAGAAAUUACCGAAGCUCUGGGAGUUCAUCACGGAACCGUUCGCGAAUGUCAUGACUGACAGUGAGCUGGAGAGCGUCGACGUGGAAGCCUCCGAAGAGCUAAUCUCCCGCUUGCAAGUAUUCGAAGCGGUGUGCUCAUCUCUGGCGCCCCUGGCCUGGGAGUCGGCGCGGCUGGGGCUGGGCGCGUGCGCGGGGCUGGCGCGGCACGCGCACACGGCCGUGCGCCACAUGGCGGCGCGCGCGCUCGCCGCCAUGGCGCGCCGCGACCCGCACACCGUCAUGGCUACCGUUGUCAAAGACCUCGUGCCAGCCCUGAGCGACAUGAGCGCCGUCCGCGUCCGCUGCGGCAGCGCCGAGGCCCUGUCCAGGGUUGUCGAAGCAUUGCAACUCCAAGUGGUGCCCUACAUCGCGUUGCUCGUCAUACCUCUAUUAGGUCGUAUGAGCGACCACUGCGAAGCCGUCCGCGUGAUGUCCACCCGCUGCUUCGCUUCCCUCAUACAACUCAUGCCGCUAGAUGGCGCUGCGCCAGAACCAGAGGGCUUAUCUCCAGAACUACGGGCACGGCGGCUUAGCGACAAGCGCUUCCUCGAUCAACUGUUCAAUCCUCGCUCUAUUCAAGACUACAAAGUACCAGUGCCUGUGGCUGCGGAACUAAGAAGCUAUCAGCAGGCGGGAGUGAACUGGCUCCGCUUCCUCAACGAGUACAGGCUGCACGGCGUGCUGUGCGACGAUAUGGGUCUGGGCAAGACGCUGCAGUCCAUCGUGGUGGUGGCGUCCUCGCACGCCGAGCGCGCCGCGCGCCGCGAGCCAAACGCGCCUAGUCUGGUAGUCUGCCCGCCCACGCUAACAGGGCACUGGGUGUUCGAAGUGAACAAGUUCAUCUCCAGCAAGUACCUAAAGCCGCUGCAGUACGUGGGCCCGCCGGUGGAGCGCGAGCGGCUGCGCAGCCACGUCAAGAACUUCAACCUCAUCGUGGCCUCCUACGACAUCGUGCGGAAGGACAUUGACUUCUUCAGCGCCAUCAAAUGGAACUACUGCAUCUUGGACGAGGGCCACGUGAUCAAGAACGGCAAGACCAAGGCGUUCAAAGCCAUAAAGCAACUAGUCGCUAACCAUAGGUUAAUAUUGUCCGGAACGCCCAUACAGAACAACGUGCUGGAACUAUGGUCGCUAUUCGACUUCCUGAUGCCCGGCCUCCUCGGCACCGAGCGGCAGUUCACGGCGCGCUACUCGCGGCCCAUCCUGCUGGCGCGCGACGCCAAGGCCACGCCGCUGCAGCUGCAGGCCGGCGCGCUCGCCUGCGAGGCGCUGCACCGACAGGUGCUCCCGUUCCUACUGCGGCGCGUAAAAGAAGACGUGCUAAAGGAACUCCCGCCGAAGAUCACACAAGACUACUACUGCGAGCUGUCGCCCCUCCAGAGGCGUCUGUACGAGCAGUUCAGCAAGCACCUGCCGCCGCAGGUCACCCGCCAGCAACACGUGUUCCAGUUCCUACACUACCUGCAGAACGUAUGCAACCACCCGAAGCUGGUGCUGACGCCGGAGCACCCCGAGUACGGCAAGAUCCAGCAGCAGCUCGCCGCGCAGCGCUCCAGCCUCGACGACAUCGACCACGCCGCCAAGCUGCCCGCUCUCAAACAACUCCUCCUAGACUGCGGCAUCGGCGUGUCGCCGGAGGCGGGCGACGGCGGCGCCGGGGCGGUCGUCUCCCAGCACCGCGCGCUGGUGUUCUGCCAGCUGAAGAAGAUGCUGGACAUCGUGGAGCGCGACCUGCUGCAGCGGCACCUGCCCGCCGUCACGUACCUGCGGCUGGACGGCUCCGUGCCGCCGCAGCAGCGCCACGCGCUCGUCACCAGGUUCAACAACGACGUCUCCAUCGACCUGCUGCUGCUCACCACCACGGUGGGCGGGCUGGGGCUGAACCUGACCGGGGCGGACACGGUGAUCUUCGUGGAGCACGACUGGAACCCCAUGAAGGACCUGCAGGCCAUGGACCGCGCGCACCGCAUCGGCCAGCGCCGCGUCGUCAACGUCUACCGCCUCGUCACGCGCGCCACGCUCGAGGAGAAGAUCAUGGGAUUACAAAAAUUCAAGCUCCAAACAGCGAACACGGUAAUCAGCAGCGAGAACGCGGCCAUCGAGACCAUGGGCACCGAGCAGCUGCUCGACCUGUUCCAGCCCUCCCCCUCCACCCCCCACACCCCCAACACCGCCCCCGGGCCCUCCUCGCUGGAGGCGCUGCCCGACCUGUGGGACGACAGGCAAUAUGAGGAAGAGUAUGACAUGUCACACUUUAUAAGGGGACUCAACACGCUGAAGGAGUAACUGUAGAGGCUUACACCAAAUCUUAAGCUCGGUUUUCCUAGGAUAGUGCUAUUUUGUAUGGAGACGACCGCUAUAAGACGGUACCGCUAUCCUAGGAAACCAGAGCUUUAGGCGGUCCUCACGCGGUGUAUCCACUCGCCGCUAUGUGCGAGCGGGAUAUACAUGGAUAGCGCUUUCUCGCUCACAUAAGUCACAUACUGGAGCGACGAGCGGAUCUGCAUCAGUGUGAUUACCGUUUUAUGUAAGGGCCGUUCGAAUAUUUAUAACCGAGAUUUCGGUUUUAAUUAGUAAGGUUAGUCAUGAAAGUGUAGUGAAGUGCCAAUAUUACACAAAUCAAACGAAAGCGAACUAAGUCUUCAAAGCUUGGCUCAAAAAUACAUUUAAUACAUUGACAAUUUUUUUUUAAAUAUAAACGUUUGUGUUUGUGUAUCAAAGCUACAGGAUUGUCGUUUCGAUUUUGUAAAAUAAGGUGUAAAGUUUAAAAAUUCAUUGUCAACGUAUUAUUGGGCCAGUAGAAAUAUCGAUCUUCGCUAAGAAAGUUGCAAAAAAUAUAAGCAAAUCACCUGUCGUAAUCGUGAUAUAUCCAGUUUCUUUUUUAAUAUUCUUAUAAAUGCACUCACCAUUUACUAAAUAAAUAGCAACACGAAAACAUAGUAAUAACAACAUUUUUUAUAAAGUAAAGCAAAAUAACUGUCUGAAAGCAAAGAGAAUUAAGUAGGUUGCUUUCCUUUGUCUAUGCUGAAAGCAAGUAUAGAGCCUGCACUACUGGUCUCUGUUUAAAUGUAUGUUAAGUUUAUGGACGUACUUGAAGUUUUGUAUAGAUUAGACAUUCAUAGCCAAAAUAAACACAGUUUUAUAUAAAGUAGCAGUAGUGAAGCGACCACAGCUUUAGCAAGUUGCCUUAGUAAAUGUUGUAAAGAGAAAUUUCACUUACACAGAUAUUGAUAUUUAGUAUAAAUAAAUAUAUCAAAUGUUAAAACAUGAUUACAGGGCCUAACCGCGAAAAAAAUCGAAUAUCGUUAUCUGCCUCUCUAACGCUCUUCCAUAUUCGUGCGAUAGAGAGGCAGAUAACGAAAUUUCGUUGUUCGUGGAAGGCCCAUCAGUUUUUUUUUUAAUUAUUAAUGCAUCUCUACUGGAUUAUAAUGUCUAAUUAAUUUCUGAGCCUAACGCGCUGGCCACGACAUGACAUUCGCUUCGGCUAAGGCGACAACCACCCCACCUCGAAAGGUCCGAUCUCUGUGUCUCGCUCCAACCUACGGUUGUCGCCUUAGCCGAAGCCAGUCGCGCAAUGUCGUGGCUAGCGCGUUACACGCACUGUCCAAGAAAUAUUUGCACUGGGUGUCUUUAUUAGGUAAUGCCAAUAGCACUUAUAUUUGUAGCGAUUUUGUACGUUUUGACUACGUGUUAGAAGUAAAUAUUGACAGAAUAUAUAUUGUAUUGACAGAAUUCGAAAAAUUAUUAUAAAAUGAUAGUAUUGGUGCGCUAAAAGGCGUACUCUAGAUAUGAUAAAGUUCUCUGUUCCACUAGUCUAGAGUACACAGUACGGUCGCUAUCAGAUAUAUCGGAGCGGUCGAGGGCCUCAAAAAUAUCUGAGCGCGCAGUAUAACGCCUUGACAAUAGAGGCGUGUUCAGAUAUUUGUGAGCAACUCGGCCGCUCCUUUAAAUUUGAUAGCGACCGUACAAUGUAGUAAAUACCAGUAGGCUAUAAUUACACGAAAAUAAAUGGUCAGCGCCUACUGGCGUGCCGUCGGAAAGUUGCGACAGUUGCGAUAUUUCCACAUGGAGAAGUUUCGGAAAUUUCUCAUAUUUGUAUGGGAAUCGAAAUAUUCCAUUUCCAAAAAGUUUCCUUUCUUUCCUGUACAAUGUUCCUAAAAUUUCCGACACAUUUUCCAACUUUUUGGAAAUUUACCACAUCUGUAACGGCGCCUAAGGGUCAUUAGCAUUACCAUUAGCCAUAAUAUUAAUAUGUAACAACCACGAUAUCUUUUUGUGUAGUCAAGGUUCUAAAUAUGUAUGUAAUUCCACUUAUUUUAAAUGGUAUUGGUAUGCAUAUUUGACUUCACUGUACCUCCAGUAUAAGGGUGCGUUUACACUGGGCCUGGGCUAUAACCGCGAAAACGAAGUUUGCAAAUUGCGGGGAUUAUUCUCUGUCACUCUAAGUACGCCUGUAUUGGAGUAAAAGAGAAAGAUCCCCGCAAUUUGCGAUUUUCGGUUUUCGCGGUAGCCGCUCUGACCCGUUCGAAAGAAGCGAUGGGUGUUUAGUGUUUAGUUUAUUUGAUUAUAUAAGUCUCAAUACCUUUAUUAAACGUUAAUGACGUCAAUAACAUCGUAAAUUGUGAUUCUCUAGCUUACACGAGUAAGUUCCUUAUAUGUGUAAGAAAUACCUCACUUCUACUCUUUAUUUAUUGUUAGAACUAAGAAAGACAGUCAUUGAUUUAGUCAUUUUCGUAGAUUUAGAGUGUGUUACGCUUAGUUAUUAUUGUACCUGCUCAAAAUAAAAACGAACUUUGGACUUUACUUUUGUAUGCAAUAUGUCAGUUCAACUUCAAUAGUGUUGGGCAUUUAAAAACAUCCUUACCCCGUUAUGGUUACUUUUGUUUUUUUUCUUUUUUGUACGUGUGUGGAUGUGUUUGAAAUAAAAUAAAUAAAUAUGUUUUGUGAACAA